AUGGCCAUUAACUUCAAUUCUUACAAUGUUGGAUUAAUGUUGCUUUUAGUGAAGAUGAUUAACCUUUGGUCAAUUGGGGUGUGUCAAAUAGAUGACAUAGAUUUGACAAAAGGGGCCUCAUAUAUUUUCGGAGACUCGUUGGUCGACGCCGGAAACAACAACUAUUUACAAACUUUGUCCAAAGCCGAUAUUCCUCCCAAUGGGAUCGAUUUCAAGGCUUCCGGAGGGAACCCGACCGGGCGCUUCACCAACGGGAGAACCAUAGGGGAUAUUGUCGGUGAGGGAUUAGGACAACCCCGUUAUGCGAUGCCGUUUCUUGCUCCAAACACCACCGGAAAGGCGGUGCUAUACGGUGUUAAUUAUGCUUCCGGCGGAGGAGGAAUCUUGAAUGCCACCGGAAGUAUAUUUGUAAAUAGACUUUCGAUGGACAUUCAAGUCGACUAUUUCAACAUAACAAGAAAACAAAUUUACAAGCUGUUGGGAGCUUCUAAGGCCCGCCAAUACCUCAACAAGCAUUCCAUUUUUUCCGUCACUAUCGGCUCCAACGAUUUCCUCAACAAUUACCUCUUGCCGGUCGUCUCCGCCGGCGCAAGAAUCCGGCAGACCCCCGACGACUUCGUCGCCGACAUGAUCGACCAUCUCCGAUCCCAACUCACCAGGCUUUACGCACUUGAUGGUCGGAAGUUCAUAGUGGGAAAUGUGGGGCCUAUAGGAUGCAUUCCGUACCAACAGACGAUCAACCAAUUGAGCCAAAACGAGUGCGUCGACUUGCCUAAUAAACUUGCGCUUCAGUAUAAUCGUAAACUCAAAUCCCUAUUGGACGAAAUGAAUUGGAAUCUCGAAGGGGCAACCUUUGUCCUUGCUAAUGUUUAUGACCUUGUCAUGGAACUCAUCACCGACUACGCAAAAUACGGAUUUAGUACAGCGAGCAAGGCUUGUUGCGCAAACGAAGGGGGUGGGGAGUUGGCGAGACUGAUCCCAUGCGGGCCCACGUCAAGCACAUGCGGGGACAGGGACAAACACGUGUUUUGGGAUGCGUACCAUCCCAGCGAGGCGGCCAACCUUAUUAUUGCCAAGCUGCUGUUGGAUGGAGAUGCUCGUUACACCUCUCCCAUUAAUAUCCGCCGUCUACAAGAUCUUUGA